GGAGGCGGGGGCGGGAUGCGCUCCCCGGCCCCGCUAGCCCCGUGGAGGUACAACGCGUCAGGUGUGGGGAGCCGACGACAAACGGGAACCGCCGCGCGCCGGGGCCCCGGGCCUCACUUCCGGGAGGAGCCGGAAGCGCAGGGGAAGGGGCGGGACCUGGGCGCCGCGGCCCGCCUCUGUGGCGUCACUGCCCGGCACCCCGCUCCACUCGUCUCGGACGCUGUGGACGUCGCCAGCCGUGACGUCAGGAGGGCGCCUCAGGUCUCCGACGCCUACCUGGAACCCCGGAAAGGCCGCGUCGGCGACCCAUGCAGAGCGCCUUCGUCCCGUCCCGCCCGCAGAGCUGAGCCCAGCCCGGGUCCCGGGUCCCGGGUCCCAGGUCCCAGCCCCGCGUGGUGCUCACCCUGCUUCUCUCCUCACCGGGUUCUUGCUCCCGGCGCCACCGGCUGGGUCCCGGAUGCCGGGCGUCUCCGUCCGGGGCCUCUCUUACGAGGAGAGGAGGCAGCUGGCCGCGAACCUCACCCGUGUCCUGUCGCUCUACCGUUCCAUCGUGGACGCCUACAUCAUCGAAUUUUUCACAGACAACCUGUGGGGCACGCUGCCCUGCUCAUGGCAGGAAGCGUUGGAUGGACUGAACCCGCCCCAGCUGGCCACCCUGCUGCUGGAGAUGCCCAGGGAAGGGGAAGUGGUCAGUCCACAGCCCGUGCCCUGGCCUUUACCCGGACACCGCGGUUUCAGACCCCUUCAGAGUUCCUGGAGAACCCCAGCCAGAGCUCCCGACUGACAGCUCCAUUCCGAAAACAUGUCAGACCCAAGAAGCAGCAUGAGAUCCGGAGGCUGGGAGAGUUGGUGAAGAAGCUGAGUGACGUCACGGGCUGCACCCAGGUUGUGGAUGUGGGCUCAGGCCAGGGCCACCUCUCCCGCUUCAUGUCCCUGGGGCUGGGGCUGAAGGUGAAGAGCAUCGAAGGGGAUCAGAGACUGGUGGGGAGAGCCCGGCGCCUGGACCAGGAGCUGCUGCAGACGCUGGAGAAAGAGGACAAGAGGAAACUGCAGGGGGUGCCAACCGCCCCUCGCUGCUCCCCACACCACGUGGCUCGGUGGGUAGACCCCACGGCCCUGUGUGACGAGCUUCUGCUCCCGCUGGAGAACGCGCCUCGGGGUGGGGCCCGCCUGCUGCUGACAGGCCUCCAUGCCUGCGGGGACCUGAGCGUGGCCUUGCUGAGGCACUUCUCCUGCCCUGAGGUGGCGGCCCUGGCCUUGGUGGGCUGCUGCUACAUGAAGUUGAGUGACCCUGGCGGCUACCCACUGAGUCAGUGGGUGGCCGCGCUGCCUGGCUCUGAGCUGUCCUACAGGCUGCGGGAGGGGGCCUGCCACGCCCUGGAGGAAUAUGCGGAGAGGCUGCAGGACACGGCCCCAGGCCUCCGGACCCACUGCUACCGGGCAGCACUGGAGGCUGCGAUCCGCAGGGCCCAGCCCGAGCUGCGUCGGCCAGGCGUGCAGGGGAUCCCCAGGGCCCAUGAGGCCAAGAUUGAACAAUACGUGCGGCGUGGACUGCAGCGCGUGGGGCUGGACCCCCAGCUGCCCCUGGAUGCGGCCGCCCUUUGCGCCCAGCAGGCCCAGGAGAACCGGGUAGUGGCCUUCUUCAGCCUGGCCCUGCUGCUGGCCCCGCUGGUGGAGACGCUGAUUCUGCUGGACCGGCUGCUCUACCUCCAGGAGCAGGGUGAGGGACCCGGGCCCAGAGGGACUCCUACUUCAGUCCCCACAGAUUGUCACUGUGGCGACUGUCAGGCCACCUCCUUCAGUCAUCAGUGGGAUGGGAGUGGGAUGCGGGGCCUGUUCAGUUGGCCUCUGGCGUGCAUCCCUGGGGUGCAUUUUAAGUGAGUACCCCAGCAUUAAGAGCCACCUCCCAGGUCAGCGCCUCAGGCGCCGUGUUCCUGGUAGGGUGGGUCUCUGGUUCCUUGGGGCCUCCGUGUGGUAGAGGGGCCAAGCCUGCCUGCAGGCUGAGCCAGAAGUGGGGCUCGGGCCUCUCUCUCCCUGCUGAGCAGCCCUCCUUCCCCCCAGGCUUCCAUGCUGAGCUCCUGCCUAUCUUCAGCCCUGACCUUUCUCCCAGAAACCUGGUUCUGGUGGCCACCAAGAGGCCCCUGGGUCAGGCC